AUGUGUGCAAAUGCGAUCUUCUGGCCCGUUUGGACCCACACCAGCACCGACGCGCUGUGCAGCGUGCACGAUCUUGCUGCGGAGCACGCAAAGCCCUGGCGUUCAAAGACGAUCCUGCCACGAAGCACAGAUAGCAUGAGCUCCAUCUCCACGGCUGUUCACAGCGACAGCGACGUGGACGAGGAUUUGGCCGACGAGGACAUCUUCCAGGCUGUGUACGGCACUGUGGGCAAUGCGGCUUACAGCCCUCCAGACGACACAUCGGAUGCUUCAGCCACGAUGCACGCACUUCCACGCACUAGCUGUGUCGCAGGCAACUCUCUGGAUGCUGAGAAGAGUGACUGCGCCAGCCAUGCUGUGCAUCCUGUUCCAUCUUGCAGCCUGCCACGAAGGAGAAAGGCCGCAACUGCAUGGUCCAGCCUGCGCACGGUGUGGGAGCGGGUGCGCAACACUCUGCCAGCCAACCUCUCCCUCAACAAGAACAAGUGCCACGACACCAGCAAGAGCAGCACGCACAACCACCAGAACAAGAAGACCAACACGACCAACAAGAAUGCCAAGAGCAGGAAGAACAGCGACGCCACCAGCGUGCGACCAGCACAAGACAUCACAGCAUGUGCAGCAAGGUCAACCAGCACGUCCUCGUCUUUCUCGACAGCGCAGGAUGCCGCUUUGGUCUACUACAGCAGCAAUGACUUGAGGGCACAUGCUGCAGGCAGCAGAAGCUUCUGCUAUACGGUUCCCCGAGACUUGGAAGAGCAAGCCCAAGAGUACAUGGAGGUGUCGGACGUCGAGCUGAGGAGACCAUCCACUGUCUCGUUGCCGCUGUUCGUCUCGCACGUGUGGGUGCUUGAGCACUGCGACUGCGACAAUGCGUGA